UACCCCAUUACAUGGUGUUAGGCGUCGUUCUCAUGAGAAAGAGUUUAUUAAUUGACAAGAUUAGCCUUCAAAUUAUCUAUUGACAUUUUCAUUUCAGGUCAUUAUCAUAAUUAUUAUAUUCUGUGUUUGAUCUCGUAUAAUUAUGUCCUCUAUUCUCUCAACGUACAGGGUAAAUAUGAUAAUUGUUAUUAUUGUUAUAUUGAGAUGAGUAGCUCUAGUUCUAGUGACUCUGAACAAUCACCUAGUGAAUUCGAGGUUUCAUUAUUACGUUUACCUAUUGAUUUAAAAGUAAAAUCUCUGGAUAAAUCAGAAUUAUUAGAGCUAGGUAAACAGUUAGGUAUUCACAUCCCUCAAUCUGUUAAUAUUGAAUACUUCAGAUUCGCUGUUGACUUGGCAAAAAAAAGUUUGUAUUUAUGUGGACCACGAUUCAGGAGCUAGAGAUGCUCUAAGUCGAUUACUUAAGUUAGGGUCCCUGUCUCAACGCGAUCGUAUUAUCUUCCCUAUGUUAGCCGAUUACGAGCGAAUAGUAGGCAAGCUAGGCAGAAAUCAAGAACACAUCUACGACACAGUAGCUCCCGAUAACUUAGCAAAUAUCCUAAUUCCAGAAAAUAAUAUGGCAGGGAAUGAUAAAAGACCCUUUGCGAAACCCGAAAGCUAUGGGGGUACAAAGAGUGAAGACUUCAACGAGUGGUUGAAAACCUUCAAUAGGGCAGCAAAAAUAAAUAAGUGGGAUGAGGAUGAUAAAAUCUUGUAUUUACCCCUCUACCUCAAGAAAACAGCAUUGGCAAUUUUCGACAUAUUUUCGGAUAAAAAUGAAAACGCGACAUUUCUUGAUGCAGUAGGCCACUUAAAAAGUAAACUUGUAGACCCUGUUCAUGAAGAGACAACCAGACAAAAACUCGAAAACAGAAACAAAUUACCAACAGAAACAUACACAGAAUACACAGCAGAUAUAAUAAAACUUUGUCACAUUCUUGAGCCUCAAAUGUCAGAGAAAAGAAUAGUAGGACAUGUUUUGAGAGGCUUAGACGUAGGAGCAUUGCAACAUGUUGCUUUCAUGGACAAUGCAUCAGUUGAAGAUUUAGAGAAAAAUCUCGCCAAAUAUGAAAGAUCUCGCUUCCUUCUAGACAAAAAGUUAGGAAUGCAUAAUGCUUCAAUCCUGUCAGAUGACGAAGAAGACGAUUGCCAGUUCAAGCAGAAAGGCCUCUGCUUGAUUCCGAGGAAAAAGAUGUCGAACUCCGCCACCCAAGCCACUUGUCUCCACCUUCUAACAUCAGAAGCAGACGUAUCGGAGCUACGAGAAGUCUGCAAAUUUGAUUGUAAAGCAACUGACAAUCAAACCCUAAUCACUCGCCUACGAGAAGACACCUUCCUAUUCCACAACACCGGCAAAAAGACGACAAUUCGCUGUAAAAACUCAACAACUGAGGUCCCAAGCAACAGUCCAGGAACCCUAUCACUCCACAUCCCUUGCAACUGCGAACUUCAAGACGACAACGGCGACGUACUGAUAAGCACUCUUUAUCCUUGCGACUCCCGUUCCCAUCCUUCUCCAGCUAUUAAUAACUUAAUUCCUCACAUGUGGACAAAUUUAUCUAAAUUGAGCAUCCCAAUUUUUAAACAUGAGACUCUGCCUCAGUACUUAAACCUUUCGGAAAUCUUAAAUGAAAAUUGGCACUUGAAUUUUUCAAAAUUUGAAGAGCACAACUCAUUCUCAGAAGACAUUUUCCAUCAUGUUGAAAUGCCAAAUAACUUUGAUUUGUUAGGGGUGAACAAUAAACUGAUCAUUUAUAUUAUUAUUGUCUGGCAAACACUGAUAACUGUUAUAUUCUUGUAUUUAUGUCUUCAAAAUUAUAUUAAGAAGAAAGCAAAUCAACUGAGAGUCCCGAAACGUACUCCAAUUGUGGACUACCCACAGGAGCUUUAAGAAUAUAUUGUGUUUUAGUAAAGUAGUAUGUAAUGAAAUCAUUAAAAUAAUGGGUUAGGAUAUAGGAAACUAUGCAAAUAAUAAUUACUUAUUCACUAUUAUUGUAUCCAUUUACUCUUUUAUGCUAUCGAUUCAAAUAUUUUCCCAGAUUAGAAGAUAAACUAUUUCAAUUAUUAUUA